GCCAACGGGAUCUGUCCACCUAUUCAUCCUUUGUUCACAGAUGACUAAUCUGUAAUUUUUAGGGGGGUCUUUUUUUUCUGGCAGAGAUGGGGUUAUUAAAAACUUCUUUGCUGGGAAUGAAAUUGACACAUGCUGCAAAAUGGAUGAACCUUGAGGAUAUUAUGCCAAGUGAAGUAAGCCAGCCACAAAAGGACAAAUAUUGUAUGAUUCCACUUACAUGAAGUAUACAAAAUAGGUAAAUUCAUAGAGAUGGGAAGUCGAUGGCGGGGAGUUACCUCUGUGGGUAGGCGACAUGGGGAGUUAGUACUUGGUACAGAGUUUCUAUCAGGGACGAUGAAAGUUUUGGAAAUAGUGGGGGAUGAUUGUACAAUAUUUUGAGUGUGAUUAAUGCUGCUGAAUUGUAUACUUAAAAUGGUAAAAAUGGCAAAUUUUAUGUUCUAUAUCUUCACACACAUCUUUGCUGGAGCAGAAGCGAGAGGUUAGGUUCUGUCAGUGUUCCCAUGGCUUUGCCUUCCCUUUUGUUUUUAAAAGAACAACCUCUAUUUUUAGGGAUUUUCACACAAAGGCUUGUGGGCGUGGGAAGUUCUCCCAGCUGCCCUCCUGUUUCUCAGAAACCCACAUGGAAGCCUCGCAAGUUAUUUAAGACUUAGGAAAUAUGCCAGAUUGGGAAUGGAGAUAAUUUAAUCUCUCUGUAUGUUAAUUUCGGUUUUUUUUUUUUUUUUUUCCUGCAACGUGAGGCCCUGGAAACCUUACUUCACCCCUAGGAAAGGCAGUUCUGGGUUUUGCUGAAGGGAGUUAGGGGAAUUCACCCUACACAGCAUGCCCAGGACACUUUCCUGGCAAAAGCAGAUCCACCCUCAGAGUCUGGGGUCACCUGAUCACGCAGCCAGGUGCACACGGAGACCGCUGGUGCCGAGGUCUCGGUCACCUUGUCCAGAUGUUUCUCGGCACAUGCCCAGGAGGCUGCGGGUUUCCCUGCAGCCAGGGCGUUCUUAGUCCUGCGUGCAGUGCUCACAGCCAUUCCUCAGAGGCGCACAGGGUCGCUCCUGUCCCUGGCCUCCUGGUCCCGGGGCUGGGUAUCUCCGCUGGUGACACUGUCGAGGGGGGAGCGGCCGUGGCUGGUCACGUUGAGCCCGUGGGCUUGCUGCCCCUACUCCCGGUUUCCCCGCGGCCCCGCCCCUACCCAGGUGUAGGUUCUCGUCCAGGCAGGUGCGAAGGCCCGACCCUUGCGGAGGGAAAGCCUCUGCAGCCUCUCCUCUCCACCUGGACCCGAGACUCCCCGUGCUGGCGUGGCAGGGGUGCGCCCGCCCGGACUGGACAGCUGGGACCCGAGCAACCGAGCCGGGGCAGCCACGUGGCGGCGGGGCGGGGACCGGGCGGGCGCGGCACUGGAAGCUGGCUGUCCCGGGAGCAGAGGGGUCUCCCCACCCAGACCACCAGGAUCCCCGUUUGCUGGAGAAUGACCCAGAUGCCCCAGGUGCAGGAGCUCUUCCAUGAGGCAGCCCAGCAGGGGGCCCUGGCUCAGCCUCAGCCCUGGUGGAGGAGCCCGCUGUUCGUGUGGGAGCCCGUGCUGUUUGGGACCUGGGAUGGUGUGUUCACAUCCUGCAUGAUCAACAUCUUUGGGGUUGUGCUCUUCCUGAGGACUGGCUGGCUGGUGGGAAACACGGGAGUGCUCCUGGGCAUGUUUCUGGUGUCCUUCGUCAUCCUGGUGGCCCUCGUCACGGUGCUGUCUGGCAUUGGUGUCGGGGAGCGCAGCAGCAUCGGCAGUGGCGGCGUCUACUCCAUGAUCUCCUCGGUCCUGGGUGGGCAGACGGGAGGCACCAUCGGGCUGCUCUAUGUGUUUGGACAGUGUGUUGCAGGUGCCAUGUACAUCACCGGCUUUGCUGAAUCUAUCUCGGAUUUGCUGGGCCUCAGGAGUAUCUGGGCUGUGCGAGGAAUUUCAGUUGCGGUGCUUCUGGCCUUGCUGGGCAUUAACCUAGCAGGUGUCAAAUGGAUAAUCCGCCUCCAGCUGCUGUUGCUGUUCCUGCUGGCUGUGUCAACACUGGACUUUGUGGUGGGUUCUUUCACCCACCUGGACCCAGAAAAUGGUUUUAUUGGAUAUUCACCCGAACUGCUACAGAACAACUCGCUGCCUGAUUACAGCCCCAGGGAGUCUUUUUUCACUGUCUUUGGGGUUUUCUUCCCAGCGGCUACAGGAGUCAUGGCCGGCUUCAACAUGGGGGGCGACCUCAGGGAGCCUGCCGCCAACAUUCCCCUGGGCUCCCUGGCAGCUGUUGGCAUCUCGUGGUUUCUGUACAUCGUCUUCGUCUUCCUCCUGGGCGCCAUCUGCACUCGAGAGGCCCUUCGCUAUGACUUCCUGAUAGCCGAAAAGGUAUCCCUCGUGGGCUUCCUGUUCCUUUUGGGCUUAUACAUCUCGUCCCUGGCUUCCUGUAUGGGAGGACUUUAUGGAGCUCCCCGCAUCCUGCAAUGCAUUGCUCAGGAGAAAGUGAUCCCUGCACUUGCCUGUCUGGGACAAGGGAAGGGACCAAACAAAACACCUGUGGCUGCCAUCUGCCUGACCAGCUUGGUGACCAUGGCCUUUGUCCUUGUGGGUCAGGUGAACAUUCUGGCCCCCAUCGUCACCAUCAACUUCAUGCUGACAUAUGUUGCAGUGGACUACUCUUACUUCUCCCUGUCCAUGAGUUCCUGUAGCCUGCCCCCAGUGCCUGAGCCAGUGCUCAGGGAGGGCCCGGAAGGCCUCCAUUGCUCUGAGCACCUGCUCUUAGAGAAAGCUCCCAACUAUGGCUCUGAGGGACCUGCCCAAAGUGUCUUGGAGGGCACGCUGCUGGAAUUCACCAAGGACAUGGAUCAGCUCUUCCAGCUAACCAAGAAGCUUGAGAGUAGCCGGCCCAGGCAAGGAGAGAGUAACAGGACCCCAGAGAAUCAGAAGAGGAAAGGCAAGAAGGCAACCAAGCAGACCCUCCAAGAUAGCUUCCUCUUGGACCUCAAAUCCCCUCCUUCUUUCCCUGCCGAGAUCUCUGAUGGGUUGUCCGCUGCCUCCUGGGAGGGGCGGGAGUCCUGCUGGAACAAGCAGACUUCCAGGAGUGAAGGGACUCAGCCUGGGGGAACAUAUGGAGAGCAACCUGUGUCUGAGCUGUGCAACCAAUCUGAGCCCAGUGGAGAAGAUUUCUUCCUGAAGUCCAGGCUCCAAGAACAAGAUGUCUGGAGAAGACCAACUUCUUUCUAUAGCAACAUGUGCAACCCCUGGGUCUCCUUGUUGGGCGCUGUUGGGUCCCUUCUCAUCAUGUUUGUGAUACAGUGGGUGUAUACUCUGGUUAACAUGGGUGUUGCUGCCAUUGUGUAUUUCUACAUUGGCCGGGCCAGUCCAGGGCUUCACCUUGGAUCAGCCUCCAAUUUCAGCUUUUUCCGGUGGAUGAGGUCUCUCUUGAUCCCCUCCUGCAGGAGCUUGCAGUCCCCUCGGGAGCAGAUCAUCUUGGCACCAUCCCUGGCUAAGGUUGACAUGGAGAUGACUCAGCUCACCCAGGAGAACGCAGACUUUGCCACUCGGGAUCGCUACCAUCACUCCUUCCUCAUGAGUCGGGAGCAGCUGAUGCCUCAUUACUAGAUGCAGUACAGGGAGCUGUCCCAUGCACAGUGGACCCAAUCCCAGAACCUUCGUGGGGCUGCUUCUCCUCCAUGAGAAACUAAAGACCCAUCCUCUCGCUGUCACUUUGGACAAUGGAAAUCUACAUUUUCUUAGAACAUAAGGAAGAAGGAAAAAGACAAAAAAGGAAAUCUGCAUUCUGCUCAGAGGACCACAUUUCACCUGGGGUGACAUCAGGAAUGGUGCUGGCCUCUGCAAUAUCAAGUCUGAAGAGCUCUACACAGGUACCAAGCCUAGCAGAGGACACCAGUACUCCUGGGUAUGGGGAACUGGAACUGAACCACAACCAGAUUGCUUGUGCAGAGGGCCACAAUGAAUGUAUGUUUUAUAUUUUAUUGUAUUAUUUAUUCAGGGAUAAUACAAUAGUACGAAAAAUGUAUUAUUUCUUGAAUAAAUAAUACAUUCACAUGUUUCCAAAUCCAAACGUUAUAAUCAUAUAUAGAGUGAAAAGUCUCCCUCCAAUCUUAUUCCCCACCUGCUCAGUUCCUGUUUACCCUGGCCCAGAGGUAGCCACUGUUCGCAUCCAUACAUCCAGCAUUUCUUUAUGAAUAUACAAGUAAACGGGAAUGGAGGGUCUCACAUUCUCUUUUUAUACACAAAAGUUAGCAUGUUAUAUGCAUGUUCUUCACCUUUUUUCCCUUAACUGUCUGGGAGACAUUUCCAUAUCAAUUCAUAUGCCAUUUCAUUUUUUUCAUUGUAUAAAUGUGUUAUAAUUUAUUUCACCAGUUCCACAGUGAUGAGCAUUUGGAUUCUUUCCAGUCUUUUGCAAUGACAAUCAGUUCUUCAGUGAAUAAUCUUGUACAAAUGUACAAGCAUAAAAUGUAUCUCUAGGAUAAAUUCCCAAAAGUGGAGUUGCGGGAUCAAAAGGUACAUGCAUUUGUAAACUAUUACUGUUUAGUGAUGAUCUUUUUAAUUAAAAAGUUAACAUGAAUUGCCUAAUCAUGA